UUUGCUUUUCUUUCCUUUUGAAUAUGUGAGUGUCCUAAGCACCGGUAGGAGAGAAAGGAUGGGAUGAUUGUGUUUUGUCUGGAACUAAGGGCAUAGCUGGAAUGAAGGACUCUAGGGUUUAAAGCCAGGAGAGUUGUGAGCAAAUCUAGAUGAAUUGGUUAAUUAUCCUAAUUGCUGGUUAAAGAGCAGGAAACAGAAGAUGAAGAUACAGUAGAAACGAUGAAAAUUGAUAGAUCUAGUCCUCAGAUAGGUCAGAAAUACAAUAUGGAACAGAAGAUUAAGGGCAGUGAGGGGAGAGGGCUAGAGAGAUGAUGGUUCAGCAGGCAGAGGCACUCAGACACAAGCCUGAUAACCGAGGACAGAUCCCUGAUCACACGGACAGGUGGGAGAUAACCCACUCCAUGAAGUUGUCUUCUGACCUCCGUAUUCCUGCUGUGGCCCACAGACUCCAUAAUAAUAAUGUUAAAAAUCAACCUGGGGAAGGGGCUGGGGAUUUAGCUCAGUGGUAGAGCGCUUACCUAGGAAGCACAAGGCCCUGGGUUCGGUCCCCAGCUCCGAAAAAAAGAACCAAAAAAAAAAAAAAUCAACCUGGGGGAGACUCACUGCUCCACUGACGCUGCAAUGGGGAGGUAGAAGAGGUGAGCCCCAUGUGGAUUCAGACAGGCUUGCUUAUAAAGUGAAAAGCCUGAAAGCCUUUUCCCCUUGAUUUUUUUUUUUUUUAAUUCAAGAAUCACACAUUCAACUUGCCUAUUCCUGUUUGACACAGGAUGUGUGAGACUCAAUAGGGACAUUUCAGGGAUGCCCUCUGGUAGUUCUAUUUUCUUUUUUAAGAGAUGGACAUUGUGACCCAUUAAAUGGCACAACUCUCUCUAAAUGGAUCAGCCCAGGGUAUAUCAACAGGCUUUCAGACUAUCUAAAUGUUAGAUAGACUGUGGUAUGCUGGGGUGCUAGAGCAGGGAGAAGAGUAUACCUGUCUGGAGGAAUUUGGAAUGCUGGGAGUUAUAGAAUAAGUGAAGGAAGAUGCUUCUAACAAUGUUGAGAACUAAAGGCAUCUGCGGCUGAACAACAGUUCGCAUGGCAACUCUGAUGCUCCAACUCCACUAGGACACAACCUCGACAUGGCAGCAAUGUUCCCUGGUCCGCUCCAGGGGAACAGUCAGAAGAGGAGUUUCUCAUUCCCUGUGUUCCUCUGCCCUGGAUGGAUGGCUUCAUAAUGUUAGGUGCGGAUGCUACAGCACUCAUGAGAGUCACUCUUUUGCUGCUCUGGUUUAAGGGGUUUCCAUCCCCUAUUGACCUCUCACAGACUGGGUCCCCUCAAUAUCUCAGUUCUCCAGAAGUGGUCAUCCCUUUGAAGGUGACCAGUGGGGCCAGGGAUGCAAAGAAUUCAGAGUGGCUCUCCUACAGCCUUGCAUUUGGGGGUCGCAGACAUGUUGUUCAUAUGCGAGUCAAGAAGCUGUUGGUUUCUACUCACUUCUCUGUGCUCACCUACACAGAGGAACACGCCCCCCUCAGCGAUUACCCCUUUGUCCCUAGUGAUUGUUACUACCAUGGUUACGUAGAAGGAGCCCCUGAGUCCUUAGUCGCUUUCAGUUCCUGCAGUGGGGGGUUUCAGGGGGUGUUACAAAUGAAUGGCUUCUCUUAUGAAAUUGAACCCAUCAAGCACUCUAGCACAUUUGAACACUUAGUCUAUACAUUAAAUAAUAACAAGACACAAUUUCCACCUAUGAUAUGUAAUUUAACAGAGAAGACACUACCAGACCAACCUUUCGGACUUAAAGAGGAGGAGAAGUCAGCUGUGAAGCAAAAUUAUAGAAAACUGUGGCCCCACACAUGGUUUCUGGAGCUGGCCGUAGUGGUGGACUACAAUUUCUUCACUUACUCUCAACAAAACGUGUCAAAGGUGCGAGGAGAUGUGGUUCUUGUUGUUAACAUGGUAGAUUCCAUGUACAAGCAGAUGGAUACAUAUGUGAAUUUGGUUGGCAUUGAGAUUUGGAAUCGAGGAAAUCUUCUCCCAAUGGAAAACAUACAGCAGGUCUUAGAAGAUUUUUCUCAUUGGAAACAAAUCAGUCUUUCUCAGGUACAUCAUGAUGCAGCCCAUAUUUUCAUUAGAAACUCACUUAUAAGCGUACUUGGUAUAGCCUAUGUUGCAGGAAUAUGUCGUCCUCCUCUUGAUUGUGGAGUUGAAAAUUUCCAAGGGGACUCCUGGUCUCUUUUUGCCAACACAGUGGCCCAUGAGUUGGGCCAUACUUUUGGUAUGCGGCAUGAUGAGGAAUCCUGUUCUUGUGGGGAAAAGGGUUGUGUCAUGAGUUCUUUCAGAGUUCCAGCAGAACGAUUCACCAAUUGCAGCCAUAGUGAUUUUAUGAAGACCACUUUAAACCAAGGAAGUUGUUUGUACAAUCACCCAAGACCAGGGGCAGGCUUUCUAGUGAAGCGCUGUGGGAAUGGCAUAGUUGAAAGUGAAGAAGAGUGUGACUGUGGAUCUAUACGGGAAUGUGAACAAGAUCCCUGUUGUCUUUUUAACUGUACCCUGAAGCCUGGGGCUGCUUGUGCUUUUGGGCUCUGUUGCAAAGACUGCAAAUUCAUGCUAUUGGGGGAACUCUGUAGAGCAAAGAUCAAUGAAUGUGAUCUUCCAGAAUGGUGCAAUGGGACAUCUCACCAAUGCCCAGAGGACGGAUAUGUACAAGAUGGGGUCCCCUGUGGUGCCAGAGCCUACUGCUACCAAAAGCAGUGUAAUGGCCAUGACCAACAGUGCAGGGAGGUCUUUGGCAAAGGCGCAAGAAGUGCAUCUCAUAAUUGUUAUAAAGAAAUCAACUCACAAGGAACCAGGUUCGGCCACUGUGGCACAAAUGGCACGGUCUACCUAAAAUGUAGCGUGUCAGAUGUGCUUUGUGGUAAAAUCCAGUGUGAAAAUGUGGAAGACAUUAGCCAUCCCCAGGCUCAUUAUGCUUGGCAGAACAUUUAUGCCUCUGGCAUCACCUGCUGGAGUACAAGCCAUUGUUUGGGGAUGGGUGUACCUGAUGUUGGUGAAGUCAAAGAUGGCACCGCCUGUGGAAUAGGAAAGAUCUGCGUACGCAAGAAGUGUGUCAGUCUGUCUGCCCUUCCAAACGCCUGCCUUCCUGAGACUUGUAAUGGGAAGGGGAUCUGUAAUAACAGGCAUCACUGUCACUGUGACUACGGGUGGUCCCUGCCUUUCUGCCUGCACAGAGGACAUGGAGGGAGUAUUGACAGUGGCCCAACAUCUCCAAAAAGAAGCGUUGAUAUCAACAUCUUGACAAUAACUGUUUUAUCUGUUCUAACGUGUCUGUUCAUAGCGGGGCUUUAUAGAACAUAUUGUUUAAUACCUUCUGGUCCCAAAGAGACUAAGUCUUAGUCACCAGGUUAAGAAGACGUAUAGCUAAUAACCCAUGCACUAAGUUUGGCAACAGCAAUAUCAUUGUAUGUAUGAGUCUGAGCGUAUUUCUGAGAGUUUAUAGAAAGAUGAAAGCAUCUUCUUUCCCUUCAUCUGUAUCAGAAAUACAGGCAAUUCUUGGUGUGUUCUUGUCUGUUGUUCAUUCCCUUAAGCAGCAAAUAAAAUUUAAUUGAGACAUGA